AUGGUGAUGUCUUCGUUUUCUCUCAAACUUUUAGCAGCAUCCCGCAGACGGCGAUCGACGAUGUCUCGCCAGCCCACCCCCCCCACUGUCCCUGCCCCACCACCAGCGGCACCAGCCCGCCUCCCCACCACCAAAUCCCCACUACCAGCACCCAGCCCGUCUCCCCACCAUCCCUCCCCUACCGGUGGAGCCCAGCCACCCGCCUCUCCACCAAUCCUCCCCACACCUAGCGGCGCCCACCGCAUCUUCGCACCACCAUCACUCCCCACUGGCUGCGACCAGCCCGCCCUCUCCCCACCGUCACUCUCCCCCCCUGGCGGCACCCAGCCGGCCUCCCCACCGUCCCCUCCCCACUGGCUUGCGACCAGCCCGCCUCCCCACCGUCACUCCCCCCCUGGCGGCACCCUCGCCCGCACCCCUCCCCACCGUCCCCUCCCCACUGGCUGCGACCAGCCCGCCUCCUCCACCGUCACUCCCCUCCUGGCGGCACCAGCCCGCUCCCCACCGUCCCCUCCCCUAUAG